GUUCCAUUCAUUCCUUGCACGCAGUGUGUCAGGUAAGCGCGGGUACGCAUGACGUCGGACAGUGCGAGCUGGCGACUUUUCCUCGAGAAAACAACGGAACGGUGUACACCCAGGCCCCGAGAGCCUCUUUGAAGCACAACCCUCCGGAACAAGCUUCCACGUAUACAGAUUAAAUUUAAUUAGUAUUCAUAGCGCUCCAUUCGCCUCCGGUGUUUGGUCUCGGUUUCUGGAGACGCUCGCGGCCUGCGCUCUGAUCGUUGUCGUCGUCAUCAUCAUCAUCAUACACCGUCUCCGGUUGGCAUUAGCAGCAGGUUUCCAGCAAAGCGAAAAAAAAAAUAGUGGUUUUAGACGAUCACGAAAUCGUGUCAAUGUGCGUGUGUGUGUGUGUCUGUGCGCGCUCUCGAAGGGGUGUAGUUUUCAUGUGUGCCCUCGUGAUCGCCCGCUCGUGAUCCAUCGGCAAGAAAUGGUUUGAAAGCGGUAAAAAAGCGGUUUUAUUUGCAUUCAUCGAAAAAAUAAACCUCAUCGUCCGCCUACCUUUUUACCACCCUGUCGUUCGGGAUUGCGCACAUGUGUGCUGGCGUACGCGUUAGACAACCCCCGUCCGCAGUGUGUGGUGCGUGUUUGUUCUUCUUCUAGCGCAAUCCGCCCCAUCGCAUCCCCAUCGCCAGGGUGUUUGUGUUCGUGCGCGCGUGUCUGUGUGUGUGUGUGUGGUUGGAAUUUCUUCAUUCCUAUCCCAGUGCGUUGUGCCGUUGUGCCACAUCUCCCUUCAGGGCCCGAUUGGUGUGUAAAGUGCGUUUUUCGUUGCGUUUUUUUGUGUGUUGCCGUGGCACGCGAGAGGUAGUGGUAAGCAUUGAAAAAAAAAGCAGCAGCAGGGAGUUAAAAAAUUCUCCCAACCAACCGAACCGAAGCUGGAGACGGGUGCGACGGGAGAAAAUAGCGCGUAGAAGGAAAGAAGAACGCAGUUGGCGAUGGAGCAGCCUAACGGUGGUGUUGGUGAGCCAAGCGAUGACCGCAGUGCGUCACCCUCAGCGAGAGCCACCCAGAACAACAAUGCAGCCGGGAUGGGCCCAUUGUCGGGGAUCAGCAAUGGAGUGGACACCGCCGCGAAGACAACCAACUGGGUAAAGUUCGAGGAGGAGGAAAAUGGCGGAGCGCCGGAUCCGAGCAAGUCCCCUUCACCGUCACUGCCACCGCCACCAUCAGCGGCGGCAAGUAAACAGCAACAGCAACAUCCUCUGGCGGCCGGCAGUAACCGCCAGUCGAUGGCAACAUCACCCGACACCGCACCGCCGGCCGUCCUGCCAACGGAAACGGUGCACGUCAACCUUGACACACGAACGCCUAGCACACCAAAGCAACCAACGCAGCAGCAGCAGCAGCCAGCCCUCGGUGCCAGCAAGCCGGCUCCCGGCCCUGCUGCCGGUAGUGCCGUAAGCGGCGUCAACAAAACAUCACAACCGGCCGUUAUAGACAUUCCGAAGCAAUCGGUCAACGUGGUACAGCCGAUCCAGUCGAUGCGCACGAUCGAGCUGUCGACGGGUCGCGUACGGGAAGGAUUCGCAAAUGGAGAUGUGAUUGUUACCUUACUACCAACAAACACCCGCUGGCCCUGGGUCACACCGGCCGUAUUCCGCCCGGAGCUCGUACCGGAAGAACUGAUGGCGCAAGGCUUGACGCUAACGGUGGAAGAGUACGUGCACGCAAUGGAAACGCUGGUAAACGAUUACCGAUUCACGCUGUACAACAUCUGCUACAAGCGCGUGCUGGUCGUUUGGAUCCUGUUCGCCUUUAUCGUCCUGAUCGGGCUGCUGUUCUCCGGCUUCUACGGCAUAACGCUGCUGUCGCUCGGUGUCGCCUGGCUGUUUCUGAACGCGGCCGCCAUCUUCCUGUGCAUGUGGGUAAAGCUGAAGCUGGCCCGCGGACUGGAACGGUGUAUGGCACGCGUCAACAAGCAGCUGAUCCGGCACAAAAUACUGCUCGCGCUAGAUGACCGUGGCCACAUCUCGUGCCACAAGGUGAACCUUUGCUUCCUGUACUUUGAGCCGUCGCAGUGCAUCAGCUAUCUGAACGAGUUUAUCGAGCGCAGCGAACAGAACGGCAACACGAUCGAGCCGGGCUGGGAAAGCCGGCUGGACGUGGCGACCAAUGAUAUCGUUAUUCAGGGUGCGAACACGACCCGUCUGUCCCGGAAGCAGGGACGAGCGGAGGGCAUCUUUCUGCGGUACCUGCAGCGCUGGGGCAAGGACUAUCUGCGCCGCCGGCUGGACUGGACGAUCGAGGAGAAUGCCAUCGUGUCGGCACCGCGCCACCUGCCGACGGCCUACUGUCCCUGUCAGUACGCAGAGGAGGUGCUGCUGCAGAAGAAACCGAAGGAAGAUCCACGGAUCUGCUGUGCCACGGUUCGGGUGCAGCUCGCCCGCCUCGGUUUCCACUUCUGACCGACCGUCGGCCGGAUGAUGGCGAUGAUGUAGUAGAGGGUGGAUCCGGGGAGAGGAGGAGAGGGGUGGAAUUUUUUUUAGCCAAAUGUGCCUAAGGGAAUGGGUUAUGCUCGAGCGGUCGGUUAGGGAAAGCGAGAGGAAGGCGGAGAGGGGAGUGUAUUAGAAGCCAAAUAUGAGUAGCUUAAGCUAUUUGCAGCGUGUUUUCUUUUUAUUCUGGUGUGUUAGUGGGACGCAAUCGCGCAUUAGUCUGUUUUACAAAUGAGUACAAAACUGCAAUCUCUUAGCCAGGAAGCUACUGCUAUUACACUGUACUUGAUUUUUAAAGACCCCAGCGUGCCUUUUGUGUUGUGUGCGGAUAGGAUGAUCGUAGGAUGGAGAGAGAGAGAGAGUGGUUGUGGAAAUGGGCCAUUUUUAGAUGAUUUUUUGUUUUAACUGAAGGUACAUUAUGUAGUGAAAAGAACCAUUACGUUUCAACUGUAAGAGCGCUGUAUAGUGAGUGCCUUGGGCAUUAGUUUUUAAUCGGUGGCGGGUUUUGCUUUAGAACUGUAAGCGUGAUAGUUGCCUCUCAUUCUCAGCAGGGCUAUUAGUUUAUGCUUUCCCGGAGGAGGAAUCGGUAGAUUACUCACACGCAUCCGUUUAUGCGCACUCGGCUCGGUUUGAUUGAUCGGUUGCUAAUUAUGUUCUCCUUAUAGUAUUUAAACCAUCUCUACACCAAACUUUGUAUACUCCACUAAUCCACAUCUGCUACUACUACAACUACUAUUACUACUACUACUGCUCCCAAACGUAACGCGGCAUUCCCCCCGCACCAUCAAAUGCGUGCGUGUUUUGCUCAGCCUUGACUUCAUCGUAUCUCCCCUACCCAAUGCUCCCCUAUUUUGCAGGAACGUGGAAUGCUGCUGCUGCUCCGUUACGCGUCCCGGUGGGGCAAUGAGGCGAUGCGUGGCCUCAUCGAUGUCACGCAAACCGACCCGGCCC